AUGUGCACGUGCUCGUACGUACGCCACAUGGGUGCGGCUGCAGGUGUGGUCACUGUGGGCGCAGUGAUGAUGUGGGCGCAUGGCCGUGGGUGUCGACACGGCUACUGCUGCAGGGAUGGCUACAUACUGCCACGGGCACGGUUGCUGCCCAUGCAACAGGUCGGUGCUGAUGCACUGCUCGGCAUGGGUGGACAUGCAGGCGCUGCCGCAGCCAACAACAAUGUGGACCGCACGUUGUGCACCGGGCGUUUCUUGGCUCAGUGCUGUGUGACACUUACACACGCUCGCUGCUGUGUCAACACCGGUAAUGGACAGAGCAUUUACUCCGGUGCCUGCACUUUGUGCCUCUUCAAGGGCUCCCUGCUCCAACUCAGGACGCGGUGCAACAGUCCACGCGGCAGUCAUGACAUCAACGACACGUGAUCUGUGUAGCAUCCUUGGCAUAUUACGAUUACUGCAUCCGCAGUAUAUAUAUUACUUUUCUGAAGUCGUGGUAUACCAGGGGUAUAUGUAAACCUGGGGGUCCCCUAGGGACCCCGAUACGUACGACACGGGACCCCGAUUUUUGGCUGGGUAUCUAGGUCUUAGGGGUCCGAGCCUAAAUAUGCAAAAAUAAGCAGGGCGUAAGCGCGUUUUCAAGAAUCCUGAUUGAUAUUGCUAUACAACUUAUAAUUAUGGAACGUAUGCGCUAAAGAGCAGGCUCUGGCAUGCUUUUCGCUGGCCAUGGCCAAAGCGAACAGCUGUCAGUCCUUAGGCGGUGUUGAUUCCGAUAGCAACUGUUUGAUUUGCCGUUGUAAACA